CCCGCCGCCCCGCCGUGGUGGAACUAGUUAACGCGUGUCCCUCCGCCCGCUGCUGGACUUUGCUCCCCGUCUCUCUGCCUCCAUGGCCGGCGUCGCCCUCAGGUGUGUCGCUCCGUGGCGUCUGGCUGGACUAGGAAGGUGAGACAGGUGUUAACAGAGGUCUGCCCGCUGCUCCGACAGGUCGGUCCAGCUCCCUGCUGCUGCCCGUCUGAACUUCCACACCGCCGCCUCGCCGCUGAUGGGUGCCACAGUGGAGCAGUUUGACCAGGCCAAGCAGCGUCUGUCUGCGCUGAAAAAAGACCCGGGGAACGAGGCCAAACUCAAAAUCUACGCUCUGUUCAAACAGGCCACGCAGGGGCCCUGCAACACGCCCAAACCCGGCAUGCUGGACUUCGUCAACAAGGCCAAGUGGGACUCCUGGAAGUCUCUGGGCUCCUUAUCCCAGGAAGACGCUCGGCAGCAGUACUGUGACCUGGUUGGCUCCCUGGCGGCGGCGGAGGGAGGCUCCGCCCAGGCGGCCGCACAGCCUGCUGGGAGCGGGUCGGCGUACGAGACGCUAUUGGUCAGCACAGAGGAUGACAUCACCACCAUCAAAAUGAACCGGCCCACAAAGUACAACGCCAUCACCACCGAGAUGUACAGUGAGAUCAUCAGAGCUCUGGAGCAGGCAGCCAAAGACCAGUCUGUGCUCACCGUCUUCACUGGUGCUGGUGAUUACUACUGCAGCGGGAACGACCUGACCAACUUCACCCGGAUCCCGGAGGGAGGGAUCCAGCAGAUGGCCCGGGACGGAGGGGAGCUGCUCAGGAAGUACAUCAAGGCCUACAUCGACUUCCCCAAGCCGCUGGUCGCCGUGGUGAACGGCCCGGCGGUCGGCGUGUCGGUCACGGUGCUGGGACUGUUCGACCUGGUGUACGCCACGGAGAGGGCGACCUUCCACACCCCCUUCAGUCUGCUGGGCCAGAGUCCAGAGGGCUGCUCCUCAUACACCUUCCCCAAGAUGAUGGGCGUGGCCAAGGCCAGCGAGGUGCUGCUGUUUAACCAGAAGCUGACGGCGGCUCAGGCCUGUCAGCAGGGUCUGGUCACCGAGGUUUUCCCUGACAGCAGCUUCCAGGCGGAGGUUUGGACCCGACUGAAGGCCUACGCCAAGCUGCCGCCCAACUCUCUGGCUCUGUCCAAGCAGCUGAUUCGCUCGGUGGAGCGGCAGAAGCUGCACGAGGUGAACGACGCCGAGGUGGAGCGUCUGGUGGAGCGCUGGCUGUCCGACGAGUGCAUGAACGCCGUCAUGGGCUUCUUCCAGUCCAAGGCCAAACUCUGAGGGAGAGGCUGUGUGUGUGUGUGUGUGUGUGUGUGUGUGUGUGUGUGUGUGUGUGAGAGAGAGAGCGAGAGAGAGAGAGUGUAUGAACGUCUUCCAGGCCGCGGACAACAAAACACACCUGCCUUCAUUUGUCUUCUCAGCCUUAACAGCAGAUCCUGGACGAGUCGCGGAGUUUGGAAAGUGUGUUUUCCGGGCGUGGAGGUGUUUUGGAAAACGAUCAAAAUUCCCUGAAGUUUUGGGAAAAUCAUGAAGAUUUCUGAUAGCAGCUGUACUGACGACAGACAGAUUCAGUUUGAAGGUGAUGUUUUGGGCAUUUUUAGGGAAAGAUGAAGAAGGACGGUCGUGGAAAUCUGAUGUUUAGUUACAGAAUAGUUUUGGAAAUUAACUCAAAACACGCAGUAGUGUUCAGUCUUCACAGAUCAGAACGCAGCACCAGCUCUGACAGAAUUAAACAUUAAAUAAAUAAAUAGACAGAUAUAAAUAGAUAAAUAAAACAACAGAUUUAACUGAAUGCUGUUAGUUUUUCUUUGACACUGAAGUCCUCGAGCCACAGGACGAAAACAAACUGGAUCCUUACGCCUCAUAUUUUUCUUUUUUUUUUUCCAUUUGAAGCUUUUCACUCCAAAAUCAUAUCAGACAUUGGGGGGAAAAAAAACAAAAAAACAAGACAAGUGAAUCUCAGUACUGACUCCUGCCUUAAAGGAACACAACAUUUUGUGAGAACCAGCCUUUUCCUGACUCCUCCAGACUGAAAGGUCAGGAAAAAGGCAUUCUGCCCAAAAUGUUGUAAUGUUCCUUUAAACGCUCAGGGUUUAGUUUCUCAGUUUUCUUUGUGUUUUCCAGUCUGGUGGCUGAAUGAAGCCGCAGUCUGAUGAUCAUGUGACGGAGCUCUUUGCUUGGUGGGAGGAAAAAACCUCCACCUCCGCUGCUUUCUGUCCUGUUUGGUUCAUCUUUACACGUUUUAAUGGCCUCAGGCUUUUGAAAACCGUUAAUAAAAAAAAAUCCACCGCGUGAUUUCAGAAGUGCAUCAGGAGGAAAACGAGGGCUCCGUCCUCCUCCUUCAUUCCUGAGAUGUUACCGUCAUGAAGUUUAGUUUUUGGCCCAAACAGGAAGCUCCCAGGGAUCAACAGUCACAGGAAAAAAACGCUGAUUCCUGAUAGAUGUUUUUUCUUUAUUUUAUCUCCUACAUGUUUGAUUUAAUUCCAGUUUUAUCCGUUUGUUGUGGAGCAGAGUCGCCUCGUUCCUCCACAGCUGCCUUCAGAUCUGCAGAAAAAAUAAAGCAAAAACAAAACAAAACAGGAAGGUGAAGUGGAAGACGAGCAGCCGUCCUGUCCCGAUGUGAAAACUGUCUUUGAAUGUUUGCUGAUAACAUUUUAUCGACUGAUUUAUUUUUGUCUUUCUAUGAUUCUCAGUGUAAAAUAAUGCAGCGAGUAAAAAAACAAUAACACCUGAAAUAAAGUUGAAUUUUGAAGGAAA